GCGUACGGCUACGUCGUCGUCUUUAUUUUCAGCCUCUUUUCUACGGAGGAAAACAAAGCCAGUUAACACUGGAAGUGGGAAUAUUAGCAUUGGAAAGCAGUGCUGUUACGCGAAUUAUAACGGUACACCAGAGCAACACAGCAAAAUCUAACGGUACGUGGCAAGAUUGAAGGUCCAUCAGCUCUCCUCAUGGUACAUCAGCAUUAAGGAUACUUCCAUACUUCCUAAGGAUGGCUAGUUGUGGGGAGGUAGACCACUCUGUUAGCUCACUUCCAUCCAGUAAGAAAGGCAGCAACAGUGGUGGUGGAAGUGGGAACAGUGCAGAAUCAUCAUGCUCUGGCUCCAGCAACUCAUCCCCAGCCCUGUCUGUACCAGAGUGUGCCAUCUGUCUGCAAAGCUGUGUCCACCCAGUGCAACUGCCGUGCCAUCACGUCUUCUGUUUCCUGUGUGUGAAGGGAGCAUCCUGGCAGAGCAAACGCUGUGCUCUCUGCAGACAGGAAGUACCAGAUGACUUCCUGGAAAGGCCUACGCUUCUCUCUCCCGAGGAGCUUAAAGCAUCAGCGGGAGGUCGGGGUGGGGCAGCAAGUGAUCACGCCUGGUAUUAUGAGGGCCGUAAUGGUUGGUGGCAGUAUGAUGAGCGAACCAGCCGUGAGCUGGAGGACGCUUUCUCCAAGGGCAAAAAUAGAGCUGAAAUGCUGAUUGCUGGUUUUUUGUAUGUAGCUGACUUGGAGAACAUGGUGCAGUACAGGCGCAAUGAGCACGGUCGUAGACGCAAGAUGAAGAGGGACGUUUUGGAUAUCCCCAAGAAGGGAGUGGCUGGACUGCGUUUGGACGCUGAGGGUGUUACUGGGGCCAUUGGGACAGGUAGAGAAAACUCUGCUGAUGGGGCUGAUACCACGGUAGCAGGUGUCCAGCAGCCGGUUACAGGUAUCCCCUCUACUGUCACAGCCCCUCCAGCCACUGCCAGACCUCCUACCUCCCUUGGUGGUCAGCCUGGUAGCAGCAGCGGGAGCCCCACUCUGGAGGAUGCUCUAUCCCAGCUGCAGAUCAGCCCCAGGCCCACACCCUCCCACGAGCGCUCUGAGGCUGGGGAAGGAGAAGAAGAAGAAGAGGAAGAGGAGGCCUCACCCUCCAGGUCCUCUGACCCUAACACCUCUGUGGACGAGUCUGGCUCCGGAGACUGGAGCGAUGAGGAAGGGGGAGAUGGAGAGCGUGUGGAACCCUGUGAGGGUAGGCAAAGACGGAAUCCAGAGGACAGAGCCCCUCCUGGCGCAGAGUCCGCCUCUCCCCCUUCUUCAUCCAGUAGCAGUGGAAGGUCCAGAAUGCCUGAUGGCCAGUGUACAGUGACUGAAGUGUGAACUCGUCAUUGACACCAUCAUCACCAAAUGGCUAUGUUCCAUUUCAUUAAUUUAUUCCUCACUGUAUGCUGUCAUUCACUGUGUCAUGGAUCGGAUGUGGGUGGAGUGCUUGAUACAAGAGAGCAUAACAUACUCCAUGUUUUUAGGUAAACAACUCAAUUUUAGCAAUCAAAUUUGGUGCCUCUUUUUGGCUCACAAUGAUUUGGAUGUAUCUGUUUGAUUUGUUUGUCUGUCUCAUCCAAUAUACACCCAGCCAGUAGAAGCAAUGUUGGGUUUUAUGUUCUGGCACUAAGCGUUCUAGUACUGAGACAGGAGCUACAGCUUGGUAAACAGCCAGACGGAUACAUCAUGUUGUUGUGAGCCAUGAAAUCUCAUAAUUGUCUAUCCAGACAUGAUGAGAAGUAGGUGUAGGUGUGUUACUGAGGUGUUCAGCUGCCAUCAGUCUGCUCACUUUUUGCCAUUCGGUUGGAGGCAUAUCGAGUCUGUUCUUUUUAAAUUCUGGGAAUGUGGAAGUUAAAAGGUCAAAGUGACAAACCAACCUGCUUCUCCCUAUCUUAGGUAUUCUUUUGUUGACAUGUAUGAUCCUAAAACCCAGAGGCUUUCUGUGAAUCUCAGCCAGAUCUGUGACAUUUGAGACAGAAAGCAUAAAUGAGGAUGAUAACUCCUGGAAAUGGAACUGUCUUUAUCAUUAUCAUGGACGGCUACAUUCUAGUCAUCUACACUUUAACUCUCUCAGCUAACAUAGCACGCAGAAAUGGGCUUGAUAGAGCUCAAGUCAUCUGACUACUCUUGCAAAGGUUUGAAUCCUUGAUAACUUGUUUCCAACCUCCACCUUACUUAAAUGAUUUUCUUACUUCACUGAUUAUGAAGCCUUUCCUUCAAAAUGCUGAAAUGUAACUGUUAACUUUUGGAAGUGUGUCAUUUCAGAGCAGAUUGUAGUUAGACGAAAAUCUUCAGAUUGUUUAUCCAGAUAAAGAAAGGAAACAGAUUUGUACUUACUGACGCUCCUAAGCCAUGUGAGUAUUUAAAUACUCUACAACCUAGUAAUGUAACUCAGGAGCCCACAGGAUUAUCUGGCUGCCUGCAUAAGGGUUUGUCUUUUGAUUUCAAUUAACCUGCUUCUUUCUGAAAUUCUAAAAUCUAUUGAUAUAAAUGAAUGUGCGUAAUAGAAUUACAAAUGAAAUUUAUUUGAACAUUUCCCAGCUUUAAAUAAUUGGCAUUUUAAUGUAAAGUAUCAGUGUUUUCCUUUUAAAGCUGUUGAGGCCAUUAGUAUUCGUAUUGUCCCUGACUAAAGUAUUCUCAAUUGGUGUUUCAAAAGUUUUGUGAUUUGUGCAUGUUUGAAGAGAGAGUUAUUUAAACACUACUGGUUGGCAGGAUGAUGAGAAUUGAUAUUUUUGGGUUGAGUUUGAGUAAUUGUUUUUAAUUUGUUUGUUUUCGUGUUUUCUUAUGGUUGUAAAUCAUCUUAUGUAUGAUGUCUGAGGCAGUAAGAGAACAAGAACAUGCCAUUGCUAUUGGCCAUCCUGCAGAGAUUUGAAGUUAUGUUAUUUUUAUAUUUCUUACAUGCUUACAUCAUCUGCUCAGUCUUAGACUUUCCAUUCUGAAGAAUAAAGUUUGUGUAACAGUUUUUGCCUGGCAAUUUUUUGUUACAUGGUUUGUAAUUUAAGAAUAAAUUGUGUCAUUUCAUCAUCCUAAAAGGA